AUGCAAGUCCCGUGUCUGUCACUAGGGGGCGCAAAGAGCAAGAGCGCCGUGCUAUGUUUGCCUCAGAACUACCCCCUGGUCGCGUUCAUUGAGGGCGUUUACGUAGAAGAGAAGCCAGUGUACUCCUCCAGCGUUAUUAUUAUAGAACCAUGUCCUCCAGUGAUGAUACUGCACUAUCAUCGCGUUCUCCAGCUCCUCAGACCUGCUGCUAUGUCUGCUCCUCACUGUAACGGGGUCUUCCCCGCAUGGUGGUGA